AUGUUCAAGCGCAAAACCGCGCCACCCGUGGCCGCGCACGCCCUCGCCAAGGCCGUCGCUGGGCCAUCGGCGAGUGGUCCACUGCCAUCGCUGCGACCCGCCGACUGCCGCGUGCUCCUGGCGCUCAUCGAGCAUCUGACGCUUUUCAAGGCGCACAAGGAAAAGCUAUUUGCGCACGAAGGGAAGGCCUCGGAGCGCAAACUGCUGCUGCGCGCGUUCGAGGAGCAGCUGCCGCCCUCCAACAAACUGCUCAAGAAGCUGUCGUCGAGGUCCAUCUCGUGCGUUGUCCGCCAGAAGCUCGAGAUGGAGCACGCGCCGCUCGUGCCGUACGAGGCGUACCCGUCGAUGGUCCGAGCUCUCUUCGCCCCCGACGCGUCGACGUCCAACGCCACGUUUUUGAAAACUGUGCAAGCCGAGCUCGAUAAAAUGCCGUUGGAGCACACGCAGGUCCUGCACGCUCUUCUCGAUCUCUUGCACAAGGUGUCGACGCAGCUCCUCUUGGCCGAAGAGCCACUGCUCACGCAUCUUGGCGUGCACCUCGUGCGUCCGAGCGAAGCUCCAAGCGACUUGAGUCCGUCCAUGGACGACCGCAAGCUCAUGGCGAGAAAGCUCCUCUCGUACUACAAAGCGCUGUCGUUUCCGCGUGCCAAGUCCUUGCUACACGAUGAGAUGGUCCCUGUGGUGCCACGCCUCUCGAGUGCUCCGGUGAGCGCAGUACGCCGACGGUCGAGCUCGGGGCGACUGGCUUGGUCGCCUCUCUCGCUUCGCCAUGUGUCGCAACUGUUGUGGCAUAUUGUGCAUGCGUCCGACUCGAAGCGGGACCUCUUCCUCAGCCUCUCGGACGGAGCGCGCAUCGCCUCGCUCUUGGCCGAGGCAAACGCGGCGGGGUAUGCCACGUAUGCGCCGCACGAAGUCGCCGCCGCCGUCAAGCACGUCGUCCAACCGCUCGAGGCACUCGUGCCGUUGGAGGCAUUCGAGCUACAUGCCAAGGACGAGACAUCACUCAGCGAGGACGACGAGAAGAACGAGCGCGCCGUCACGGCCUUUAUCGCUGCGCUGCGCGGCCUCUCGAGCAGCACCCGCCAUGUUGUUCGUCUCCUCCUCCUCGCGUUGACGCAGGCCCAAGGGGACGGGGCGUCCAUUGAUCUACUGAGCGCUGCGAUGGCCCAUACUAUCUUUUACGAACUAAAACACACCGUCGCGGUCACAGGUCACGACCACCAGCAACUGGAGAGAGCCGCGAUUGGCGUGCUCAAGCACGCAGCCCGAAUCGUCCAAGCAACGCGUCCGCGCUUCACUCUGUUUACGACCGUGCUCGUACUGCUUGCGGUGCGGCGGAUGACGCGCCGUCACUCGCCCAAGUCGUUGCCGGAGGAGAUCUCCACGGCCUUCAACACCGAUCCUGCGUUCAACGCGCUCCUGUGCAGCCGCGCCCCCGUGCUGCGCAAGCUGUUUCACGCAUUUUGCAGCACCGCGUCACCCCGGCGACUCGACAACACCAAGCUCGUGGAGCUCAUGGGAGCCAUGCACCUCGUACCGGCGUUCGUCUCGGCGUCGUCCUUGCUCGCGCUGCGCGACGCGAUCCAGCGCGACCGCUCCCCGGCAAACAGCGACACGAAGCUACACCGCAAGCUCAAGUCCUAA